AUGAUUGCCGUAACGCCGCCGAUGGAAGGAACCGGAGCCCGUCAGGUGGCCGUCUCACCGUUUGUCCGCCUUUUAGUGCACAACGGAAAUUACUUCGCUACAACAACCGCCUUACUCGAUCCAGGAUGUGAAACGUCACUCAUCUCCAAGGAUCUGGCCGACAUUCUGAAACUCAACGGACACCGAACGAACAUGAAAUUGGCGACCUUCCAUGGAAGAGACCCAAAACUAACGAAACAGGAAAAUGGAUGUCGAACCUCUUCUUGUAGUCCCAGACUUAAGAGUAAACAGAAGGUGCAUCAAAUGGAGUCAACAUAUCAGCACCAAUGGGCUCAUCUGCAGUAUCUCGACCUAAAGGAUUUUAAUUGGAGAGAAGUAGGAAUAUUUAUUGGAGCGAAUGUCCCCGACGCUCUAAAACAACUAGAAACCCGCACUCCAGUACAAAGUGGCCCUCAUGGUAUAAAAACGCCUUUUGGUUGGACGGUUCAGGGAAACGUGCCUAAAGAAAUUUGCGAGUCCACUACGGCUACAUGUAACAGCAUACAAGAAGAGGAAAAUGACGACGUGCUGCAGCAGUUCUGGACGCACGAAUUGUGUGGGUCAAUGGAGGACCGCAAAAGAAUAACAGCGAUGCAAGAUGAAGCAGCACUAGCCACACUAGAUUCGACGAUUAAAUUGAUUGGGACAAACGCACAACCGAGAUACGAAAUUGGACUACCCUUCGUCACACCACAAGUUGUUUUACCAAACAUCAGAUCCAGUGCACUCCAACGACUCUACGCCGUAGAAAGCCGCUUCAGAGUGGACCCUCUCUACGCAAAUCGUUACACCAAAGCUAUCGAAGCGUAUAUGGACCUUGGGUUCGCAAGACGCCUCAGAAUGGAUGAGCUGAUGGGCCCGCCAGGAAAAGUAUGGUACGUCCCUCACGGAUUAGUGGAGAAUAUUCUAAAACCGGAUAAACCGCGCUUGGUUUUCGACGCAGCUAGCAAAUUUAAGAACGUUUGUUUAAACGACGCGCUUCACAACGGUCCAUUGCUCAUGACGGACAUACUGGAUGUCCUAUUUCACUUCAGAGAAAAUCCGUACGCAGUCAGCAUGGACAUCAACAAAAUGUUUUUACAAGUGCGCAUCCGGCCGGAAGACCAACCAGUCUUCAGAUUCUUCUGGCGACGACCUGGUGAUCCUGGGCCACCGAUCGCGUAUCAGAUGAUGGUGCUUAUAUUCGGAGCCAGCUCAUCACCGACUUCCGCCACCUGCGUAUUGCGCCAUAUAGUGAAGGACAAUCCGGAUUACGCUGACGUCACCACAAAAAUUCUCGAUAAUUUUUAUGUUGACAAUUAUUCAGACUCACUUAACAGCAAGGAGGAAGGAAUAACAACUUGCAGAAGGUUACGUGAGUUGUUGGUCCUGGGAGGCUUUGUCCUUGGUCAACUGGCGACCUCGUCCAGAAAAAUUCUACAAUCACUCCCACCUUCAGAAAGAGCCAAUCCGGACCUUAACGUGGAUUUAGAUGGUUUGCCGAUCCACCGGACGAUGGGGCUGCAGUGGACCGGGGAAUCAGAUUCUUUCUUCUUCAACCUUAUCAUCCCCAAAGCAACUACAAAAAGAGGAGUAUUAUCUGCAGUGUCCAGCAUCUUCGAUCCCAUGGGAUUUCUCGCAAGUGUAACCAUCACCGGCCGAGUGUUGUUACAAGACACAAGACAUGUGGAGAGUAGGGCGAGAUCCUGA